AUGAGCGGCAAAAUGAUGAUCUACAAGCUCGUCGUCUUGGGAGACGGAGGUGUGGGCAAGACGGCGCUCACCAUCCAACUGUGUCUCAACCACUUUGUCGAGACGUACGAUCCGACGAUCGAGGAUUCGUAUCGCAAGCAGACGGUCAUUGACGAUCAACCGUGCAUGCUCGAGGUGCUCGACACGGCGGGUCAAGAAGAGUAUACCGCACUGCGGGACCAGUGGAUCCGCGAAGGCGAGGGGUUCCUGUUGGUCUACUCGAUCUCGGCGCGCGCGACGUUCGAGCGCGUCGAGCGCUUCCGUAGCCAGAUCUCGCGCGUCAAGGACCAGGAACCACAUACCGUCCCCAUCAUGCUCGUCGGGAAUAAGUGCGACAAGGUCAACGAACGCGAGGUGUCGAGAGAGGAAGGUCAGGCACUGGCACACCGGUUGGGAUGCAAGUUCAUCGAGAGCAGCGCAAAGACGUGUGUCAAUGUCGAGAGGGCGUACUAUACGGUGGUGCGGAUGAUCCGGGAGCAGAGGGAGGGGACGGUCACGCAGAAGAAGGAGAAGAAGAAGAGCCGGUGCACCAUUCUUUGA